AUGAGAGCAGUAAUGAGAAAUAGAGUGAUGAAUAAUCUAUAUCUAACUACGUUCCUUAUAACGUUCGCAUCAGUUGCAGUAGGGACGAUAUUACCAUGUCCGGCACACUCGUUAGAUUCAGAUACUCAUCAAAAUGAGGACAAAGAAUUGAAAAAUGCAAAAGAGAUCAAUAACAACAAGGACCAUGUUUUUGUCAAGAAAUAA